UUAUAUGUGUGUCGCUGAAGAGAUGUAUCCCUACUGAUUUGGGUUCCAUCCGCAACUAACAAAUCUAAUAAGGUGUGAUAGCAACCUUUGGAUGUAGUUAGAUUUGUAACCAUCUGAUCAUGUGAAGCAACAUGAAUCACUUCAAGAUCAGACAUGUGUUUUGAAUUCGAAAUCAAACUUGUCUCGUCCAACAGACAACAAACGAAUAUUUUCAAAAUAUUCUAACAGUGACUAGUCAUAGGAAAGGUUGUUUAAGGAAUUGACAUGUGACCUUAUUUCACAUAUAAUUAAAAUCCUAUGGGAUCAUUACAAGGAAGAGUAGUUGUUUUGAUUUAUUUAUUUUUGUUAGUCUUUUGAGUUGGAAAGAUGGAUUUCAUGGGACCAUGUCCAUACAUUUUAUCUAUUUUAAAACUCAAGAAUUAGAACUCAAGAAACACGCUGCGUUUUCAUGUUUUCUAUGUUUCCUUGUUGUAACCUUACCAGUUACGACUAAGGAUUGCAAAAUUCACCAGUGCUAUAACUUGUUAGACUGAAAAAAUAGAGGUAGCAGGAACAAAAAUGGGUAUUGAAAUGCAGAAGAAGACCAGCGUCUCCAACGGUGGUCGUGAACACGGACCUGAAAUGUUUAAUCACCAGGACUAUAGCAAGAAUUUUGAUGAUGAUGGCCGUGAAGAAAGAACUGGAACGCUGUUGACUGCAAGUGCUCACAUCAUAACAGCAGUGAUCGGGUCUGGAGUUUUGUCACUAGCAUGGGCUAUAGCUCAAUUGGGAUGGAUUGCUGGUCCUGUUUGUCUCAUUGCAUUUUCUCUCAUCACUUGGUUCACUUCUAUUCUCCUUGCUGAAUGCUAUAGAUCUCCUGAUCCCAUUACUGGCAAAAGAAAUUAUACUUAUACGGACGCGGUGAGAGCUAACUUGGGAGGUGUGAAAAUUCAGCUCUGUGGUAUAGCACAAUAUGCUAAUCUUGUUGGGGUUACUAUCGGAUACACCAUCACUGUAUCGAUCAGCAUGGCGGCUGUACAAAGAUCGAAUUGUUUUCACAAAUUUGGUCAUGGGGAUCAUUGUUACGUAUCGACCUACUAUUAUACAGUCAUCUUUGCAGUCAUUCAGAUUUUUCUAUGUCAGAUACCCAAUUUUCACAAACUUUCUUGGUUAUCAAUUGUCGCUGCUGUUAUGUCUUUCGCGUACUCUUCCAUUGGUAUUGGUCUUUCCAUUGCCAAAGUUGCAGAACCACAUCACCAUGCAAGAACAACUCUCACAGGGGUCACAGUUGGAGUAGAUGUAUCAGGGGCAGAAAAAGUUUGGAGGACUUUCCAAGCCCUUGGCAACAUUGCCUUUGCUUAUGCUUUCUCUAAUGUACUUGUUGAGAUACAGGAUACACUGAAAUCAAGCCCACCUGAGAACAAAGUAAUGAAAAAGGCAUCUACCAUUGGAGUCGCUACGACAACCUUGUUUUAUGUGCUAUGCGGAUUAGCCGGUUAUGCAGCUUUCGGGAAUGAUGCACCUGGCAACUUUCUCACCGGCUUUGGUUUUUACGAACCAUUUUGGCUCGUCGACUUUGCCAAUAUCUGCGUUACUGCCCAUCUUGUCGGAGCUUACCAGGUUUUCGUCCAGCCAUUAUUUGCAUUUGUCGAGAAAUGGUGCAGCAACAAAUGGCCAGAACGUGGAUACAUAACGACUGACCACAUGAUUAAUCUUCCAUGCUGCGGUCAAUACCCCUUCAACUGGUUUCGGCUAGUAUGGAGGACUUCAUACGUCAUGGCGACAGCUUUGCUGGCAAUGAUAUUCCCAUUCUUCAAUGAAUUUGUUGGUUUUAUCGGUGCUUUAUCGUUCUACCCGUUGACCGUUUACUUCCCGAUCGAGAUGUACAUUGCAAGAGCCAGGAUAACCCGAUAUUCAGCUACAUGGAUAUGGCUAAAGGUGUUAAGCUGGGGAUGCCUUGUUGUCUCACUUGUUGCUAUGGCCGGGUCUCUUCAGGGUUUAGCUCUAUCUGUCAAAUCCUAUAAACCCUUCAAAAUCCAGCAGUAGUUAGUUGGUUCAAGCAUUAUACUAUAUGUUGUAAGACUUAUUUUUCAGUUUGAAAGAUUGUUGGGCAACGUCCCAAAAGCAAUAAAAAUAAAUAAUAUUUUCAAAA